GCGUCUGUCUGUGUUGAUGGUGCCGGGGAGGAGAGAAGGGGCGCAGCCAGGCAGGCACACUGGAAAUGAGCUAACAAGUGACUAUUGCGCAACUGAUCGGCGAAUUAUGAAACUCUGAAAUGAAGGAAAAGAGCACGGAAGCUUGACUGGAUACAGAAUCGACGUAGACACUGGUCAUGUGAUUGACCUGGCCAGUCAGAAUAGCUGCAUAUCACAAUAUUAUUGAAUGAAAAGGAGAAGUCCGGACAAUGAAGCUGACUGAUCUGCUUUUAUUAAUAUUCCUGAUGAAUGUUUUGUAGAAAACAUGGGCUUUGGUGUUGGAAUACUGCACUGAUGAUUUGAACAUAGUUUGUAGCCAUGCAGCAGGUACUGGACAACCUGAAAGACCUGCCACCAGGCACAGGAGCUAAAGAUAUUGACCUCAUCUUCCUCAGAGGCAUCAUGGAGAGCCCCAUUGUCCGCUCCCUCGCUAAGGCCCAUGAGCGUCUUGAGGAAGUUAAGCUACAAGCUGUGCAGGACAACAACGUGCAGCUGGUCACAGAAAUCUUAGAUUCCCUCAACAACCUGCCAGAAAAAGAUGCUGCCACGAGCGAGCUUGCCAGAAUUCUCCAAGAGCCUCACUUUAAGUCUUUGAUAGAGGCUCAUGACAAAGUGGCUGCGAAGUGCUAUGAAACGCCCCACGCUCCGGUUAACAGCAACUCCUUGAUGACGAGUUCGCUCAUGCCAGCCGAUGCUGUCAGAAUGAUCGGCAUCCAGAAGAAAGCAGGGGAGCCACUGGGUGUGACGUUCCGCGUGGUGCAGGGAGAGAUGGUGAUCACAAGGAUCCUGCACGGCAGCUCGAUUGACAGGCAGGGCAUGCUGCACGCUGGGGACAUAAUCCGCGAAGUGAAUGGUCGUGAGGUCGGGAGCGACCCCCACGAACUCCAGGAGUUGCUGAAGGACUGCAAUGGGAGCAUCACACUGAAGGUCCUGCCGAGCUACAGGGAGACGCCGGCACCGCCACAGGUUUAUCUUAAGCCACAUUUCAACUACAACCCAACCACAGACAACUUGAUCCCAUGUAAAGAGGCAGGUCUGGCAUUCUUCAAAGGAGACAUACUUCACGUAGUCAACAAGGAGGACCCAAACUGGUGGCAGGCACGCAAGGUUGUUGGUGGAGCCACUGGUCUCAUCCCUAGUCAGUUCUUGGAGGAAAAGAGGAAAGCCUUUGUGAGAAGAGACUGGGACAGUACUGGAAACGGGAUGCUCUGCGGAACUCGAACUUCCAAAAAAAAGAAGAAAAAAAUGAUGUACCUCACUUCAAAAAAUGCAGAGUUUGACCGGUAUGAGCUGCAGAUCUAUGAGGAAGUAGCCAAAAUGCCCCCGUUCCAGAGGAAAACGCUGGUUCUGAUUGGAGCGCAGGGAGUUGGGAGGCGGAGCCUGAAGAACAGACUUAUUGUCUUGAAUCCUCUGAGAUAUGGAACCACUGUCCCCUUUACGUCUCGUCGUCCCAGAGAAGAGGAGAAAGACGGCCAGAACUACUGUUUUGUGACCCGGGAGAGGAUGGAGAUGGACAUCAAGGAGAGCCGUUACUUGGAGCACGGCGAGUACGAUGGCAACCUGUACGGCACCAAAAUCGACUCCAUCCAUGAGGUGGUAAACGCCGGUCGCACCUGCAUCCUAGAUGUGAACCCACAGGCCCUGAAGGUGUUGAAGACUGCUGAGUUCAUGCCGUUUGUGGUGUUUAUCGCUGCUCCUGAACUGGACACACUAAGAGCUAUGCACAAAGCAGUGGUAGACGCUGGACUUACCACCAAACUACUCACAGAGAAUGAUUUGAAGAAAACUGUGGAUGAGAGUGCCAGGAUCCGCCGUGCAUACAGCCACUACUUUGACAUGACUAUUGUCAAUGACAAUCUGGACAAGGCCUUUGAUAAGCUGCAGGAGGCGGUAGAGCGGUUAUUCAUAGAGCCACAGUGGGUUCCAGUCAGCUGGGUUUACUGAUGUCUUACCUUCUACUGGACUGACGUCGCUGUUCCAAAACUUCCAGACCGAUGAAAGGGGAUUUAACACCGUGCUGCACAGGCAGGUAGAGUGUUGGACAUCAACCCUGUCUGAAUUUGGGUCUCGCACAAAAGCUGCAUUGGAGUCACCUUGACCUGAACUGCCUGAUUCCUUUCUAGCACACUAUGCAACUCACGACGCACAGGAAGUGCACUUAUUUAUUGGCAAGUAUUUUUUAAAAACAAGUCUUCUAUUCAAAAGGAUUGGAAGAAUACACCGGCACAUCUGUGUCGGAUUAUUUUGAAAGCGGUUUCUGCCAUUUCCUGUUUUAAUUUUACAUCCGUUUAAGUUGGAUAAAUUCUAUUUAUUCUGCAAAAAUGAGGGCUCGCUCAUUGAAAAGUAUGAUACCUCAGUGUUACAGUUUACAGUGAAUACGUCCAGUAAUUUAUCUCAUUUUGUCACUACGAACUCGUCAUCAUUCAUGUAGAAUAUUUACAACAUAUUUUCCUCUGGAAGGCAACAUUUACGCCCCGAUGUCUUUUCAGUUGAACCUCACGCGUGGGCCAGUCACUGUAUGAUGUUAUACAAGGAGAAAAGCAAUACUGUAGUGUUUCCCCAUCAUUUCUCUUUCUCUCAAGCACAAAAAGGACAUUGUCAGAAUAUUGGAUCAUUUAGGCAUUUUGACUGUUAGACCGAUUGAUUUGAUGCUGUGUUUGAAAGGAAAAAAACGAAAACAUUGGACUCCUGAACAGGGUACUGCAACUCAGUGAACCAUCCCUUUUUGAUGUGAUUUUACUAAAAACUUAACAAAUUUUAAAUAAAGUUCAUAUUUACUGAUUUAAAAAAAAAAAGAGAAGAAGUAUAUUUUACAAGAUUUCAGAUAAGAUGUAUUUUCAGAUGUCAAAUAAAUAACUGGUGUUUUCUAAGGA